AUGAAGAUGGAUUAUGAAGGAAAAGGGUCGGGUUUUGGGACUCUGUAUUACAGGAGCCUUCUUCAGGGUAGAGGUAUACUGUUUGUAGAUCAACAGUUGACAGCUGGAGAAGAAACUGCAACUUGGGUUAGACAAUAUGCAUCUGAUGUUUCUUUGUUUAGAAAAGAUUUUGCACAGGUGAUGAUGAAGCUUUCGAGUACUCAAGUGUUGACUGGAGAUAAAGGGGAAGUGAGACUAAACUGCAGAGAAGUGACUUCUUCUUUGUGGUAA